ACAGGAGGCAGGCAGCAUGACACAAUAAAUAUAUCCCUACUCUGAUGAAAGGCUGUGCUGCAUCUUGAAUUGAAUUCUGAAACUAUUGGAUUUUGCAGAGUAAACCUAGACACAGAGACAGCUUGAUUUCCAAUCCAUAUGGUUCGUCAUGUUAAUAAUUUAUACAAAUCCAGCAGCUGUUCCUGUGUUGCGUCAGCAAGGUUACUGUGCAGAGAAACCUCUAGAGAAUUCAAUUCUAAACGACGAGCUUUCAGACAUCAGGGUGACUCAUUCACUGCAGCAUCAGGCACAAACACUGCAGAUAAAAUGCUCUCUACAUGGAUCUCAGUGUUGAUUGGAAUCGUCCUGUUUGUCGUCUGUGGAUCUCAGGUUAUAUCAGACAAAACAACUAUUGCUUCUCCAAUUCAAACUGACCAACGGGAGAUCAACAUAACUGAAAUUGCUGUAGACUCGUCAAUAGUGAAGAAUAUUGUUAUAAAAGGACACACAGAUCCCUGGAUCAAAGCAAACAUUGAUGUUACACAGCCAACCAAUUUAGACUUUUCAUGUAAAUUGACUGGUCUUCUAUAUGAACCAUCGUCCAUCACUGGAUUUUGGAGAAAAGAUGGCAAAGAGAUCCCACAGUCUCGUGUUGUCAUACAGAAGAAAGAGACUCAGUAUCAUCUCCAAAUAAAGUUUCAAGUUACCGAUAACAGCCAACUUGGGAAUUACACUUGUGUUUUUGAUAUUAAACCUGAGGUAGUCGCCAACUUUGUUGUUGAAGUUCCAGACACUGAAGGCAGAGAAAAACCACUUGUAUGUUAUGAAGGAGAUGCAGUUGUGAUGAUCUGUAAAAGUCAUGAAUUUGUUCCAAACACUUGGAUUUGGCACAAAGUGAAUGGCACUGAAAAGGCUAUUAUCAAUGCAACAGCAAACCCAGAUCGAUACAUAAUGAAUAUAUAUAAGGAUGGAAAUAAAACAUCCCUUAAAGUAAUGGGUUUAACAGGGAAAGACAGUGGUCUCUUCGGGUGCAGUGCUGUGUAUGAGAUCGGAUCAAGUGAAGGCCAUGUUAAAGUCAAAGUUCUUAGUUACAUGGUGCCCCUCAAGCCCUUCCUGGCCAUCGCUACUGAGGUUAUAAUUCUGGUAUCUUUAAUUCUGCUCUAUGAGCGGCACACCAAGAAGAAAAAGAAUCUUGCAGAUAAUGACACUGAACACAUGGAAAAACUAAAAACUGAGGAAAGUAAUGGAGUAGGAGAAAGCACUACAAGACACAGAAACGUUUAAAAGGAAAACCGAAAGCAGAAAGCAUCAAUUAUCAACAUUAAUUCCUAAGCAGGUUCUGAUACUUGCUUGUUGUGAGAGUGACAUGAAGUUGUGUAGCUGUAGUUUUCACUGAUCUCUUCUCCCCCUCUAAACCCAUAUGGAAAUAUCCAUGCAUAAACAACCUUCAAUGUUAACAUAAAGCCAAGGCCUAUUUGUACUCUGUGUGUAUCUCAGAUUAUGUGUUUAUCUCAGAUUUAAAAGGAUUACUGUAUCAUAUCUGCUGGCCAUGAAUAUAUUUCAAGAUGACUGACUAGCCAUGUGGAUAAAGGUAUUAUAUAGAUGUACAAUAUUGACAUUUUAUAAUUAUAAACAUUUAUCUGGUGAAUACUGCAAUGUUAAAUAUUUACAGAUUUUAUCCAGUUUGUUUAAAUGGAUUGUUUCACAGUAUCCCCACCCAGUCCUAUGUGUCUUUGGUUUCCCACAGCCUGUCUAUCUGUGUUAUCCCUGGCUCUGUCUGACUCUCUCUAUCAUUGUAACAUUGCCUGCUCCUUAAAACAAGUACAUCUGCAAAUCAUUCAGGUAAAUCGUCACGUGGAGUCCACUGCCCAAUUCAAAUAAACAAAAGGGCAAUUACAGCUCAGAGAAUAAAAUAAUUAAGGCCUUUACAAUAUCACCUGAAGCAGGUAUAAACUGAGGUUUCAGCUCAUGCUGAUUUGAUGUUGUAAAACACAAGCUCCUGUUUUACUGCCAUGAGACAGGUUUAUCCAGUACAAUGCAAAUGCUAAAUAGUGAAGCAAUACCUAUCAAAUAAAGAAUCACAUGAGUCCACUUUUAAAUAAAACUGCCUUGCUGAGGAGGAUCUUAUAGAUGCAAUCAGACCUUUACUCCUUUUUCUAGAUGUCAUUAUACACAUACCAGACUAAGGCAUUUACAAUAGGACGUUUUCACAAAAUGUAAUCUGGGACUAAUAGAAAAAAAUGAUGCCACGAACCUUGAUGUGGAUAUGCCAUAAUAGAAUGGCAUAACUUAUCAGGAAAUUAUCAUUUUAAAUUGAGAAGCACUAAAACACCGAUUCUUAGGGCAGUGUCGUUAUUUAUUCUGUAUGUGGGAUUUCAGUGUAGUUUUUUUUAGUAAAACCCCACUGUUAAUCGUAGGUUUGCUAUGUUAAGUAAGUACUCUAUAAAUAGAUUCAGGAUCCUCAAGGCAAUAUUAUUUUAUUCAUUAAAACACAGUAACAAAAUAAUACCCUGUGUGUAGAAAAGAUAAAGGUAACACCAUUGUUGUGAUGCUGAUGUUGUGUGUAUUGUAGAACAUCUAAAUAUGCAUAGUAAUCAUUCAGGGAUGAGUCCAAAAUGAAUAACGUGUGAGCUUCCCUGCAAUCUUACUACAGUUUUAAAGUUCAGUGAAAAAUGAAAUUUAAACUGUUUUGCUCACACCUUUGCAAGGCAGUUAUGCGUGACCAAAGCAGUUAAAAGGUGUAUAUAUGUUUUUAAAGCUUGGCAAUACUAGAUUUCUGACAUGCAAGUACUGUAUUUUGCAUUGCUUAUCCAAAUUCUGCAACCACGCACAUUUUCAAGCUUGCCUUAACACACAAAACAAAUUAAAUGUCAAUAAAAAAAUUUGAAGCCUGGCAUUUGAGAUAUGUUUUGCCUUUGAAUGUAAAACCUUGUAUAUAAUGUUUUACCUCCACUAGAAUCUUUUUAACUUAUUUGGCCAAUAAACUAAUUUAUGUAAUGUCAUUUGUUUUCAAUAUAUGUGUUCAGUAAACACAUUUUAAAACAGUAUGGCAUGCUUUAUGUCUUUUUUUAACUCACCAAAAGGGCUGAACCUGUGGGGCUGUGAAACAGGGGUCUUGCUACCUGUGAUGUACUUGAUUUGGAAUAAUUGAUUGAUUUCGCUGGAUGAUGUGCAUGCGUGUUCACUGCUUGAUUGACAGUAGAUGGAGAAAGAUGUCUGGGAUUGACUCGCCCCGCAGGCGCGCAAGUUUAUUUACACAGUACAGGAACCCCACGUGACACUACCAGCAAUGGUAGCUCAUUUGGGACAUACGGUUUGAAGAGGCAGGAAAUAUGUGAUAUGAUAUCUAAAGGGUUAAAAACGGUUGUGUGGUGUUGUGAGUACUGUGCAUUAUCGUGUUGUGUUCUGAGCACAGCACAUUCUGGUGAGACUUGCUCGAGAUGUGUUUCUCAAAAGAUAGUUAGGACGCUGUUAUGUCUAGUUUGAAGCAAAGCUGCUUAGUUAAAAACAACCCCUUAUAAGGGAAUCUUCAUCUUUGAGAAAGUUCUAUAAUCAUGACGUGUUAAUUUGCCUAUUUGUUGCUAUGCUAAUCCUGUAUAAAUAUUGUGCUACCUUGUCAAUAAUCAAAAGAGAGUGUGUUCCUGUAACCGCUGCUGCUCUUCCCAUGCUCGCAUUGUAUUAAAGCUUCUUGAAACUGCUA